AUGCCAUUGAAUAGGCGUCGAAUUGGGCAAGCCCUGGUCUCACUCUUGGUGCUCUACUGUGUGUCUUUGGUGAUAAUAUGGGUUAAGUGGGCAGAGAUGGAGGAUCCAGGCAUUUCACUAAAUGAGGAUGACUUCCACGGGUUUGACGAUGGCCUCGAUGGGGAAGACGAGAGCAGUGACUACCCUCGCCAAGCGUGGAGGAAGGAGGAGUUCAGGUGUCUUGGCUGGGUGGCGACGGAUGACGACGGUGAUGAACUGGGGUUGAGGAGGGGAUGCUGGCAGCGUAUUCAAGCUGGUGAUGCCGGGUACUGUGAGGUGCAAAAUACUACCUCAGGCGAAGUUUUCCACGUGAUGCACACGACCAGCCUCUCGUUGAAGGACGACGCUCGGUUCACGUGCGAGCUGGCGAAGGAAUUCUCUUCUUUUCAGUUCCAUGCUUCCGCAUAUCGCCACGAUCCCCCCAUGGCGAUCGUCCAACCCAACACACAAGGGAUUGUCAUGGCUGUGUACGACAGCGUGCUACCCAGUGCGUUCGCGAGUAUUCGUCGUCUACGGGACACUGGAUGUAAGCUUCCAGUCGAGCUCUGGUUCCGAUACGAUGAACUCUCACCAGAAAAUCCGGUGCUAGCGCUGCUCAUUGAAAACUUCGGGCCCGUCCACUUGCGGCGGAUAUUCGAUGAGCGCAUCUACGGCUUCAACGUGAAGGUGCAUGCGUUGUACUACUCGCAGUUCACGAGCGUUCUGCUACUGGACGCCGACAACUUCGCUGUGAAAGACCCAACGCCGCUGUUCACGUCGUCCGCGAUGAAAACGUUCAGCGCCGUGUUUUGGCCCGACUUCUGGAGUCCCGGAAACUCGAUCUUCAAUCUUCACGCGCAGAGUUUGGUGUGGGAGUUGUUGGGUCUUGACUACGUGGAAAUGCUAGAGCAGGAGAGCGGCCAGGUGCUAGUUAACCGCGCCAUGAGCAGGCCCAUGCUUGAGCAACUGCUCUACUACGCGACGCAUCGACCCAAUCUGUUCACGAAGCUGAAACUUGUAUGGGGCGACAAGGAUCUGUUCCGCUUGGCUUGGCUGCAAACAAAGCAAAAAUUCUUCUACAACGACCGCCGCAUGCCAGGAACGCUUGGUAUCGUCAACCAGGACCGUCAGCGAUACUGCGGAGUGACGAUGGUGCAGUACGAUCUGGAUGGAGACAGUAUGCUCUUCUGGCACCGCAACACGAUCAAACUAAGCGGUCGCGGCGAUGACAGACAGGUCUGGUAUGCCUUACAAGAGCUCGACCCCCUUGACGACGGCUAUCCGACCCCCAAAAUCCAGUCAUACAACGGCGAAAGGAUCUUCAAUGAAACCUCAUGCUUCGGCGUCAAGCGCCUCGGGAUAAACACACGUGUUCAGAUGAAGCGCGUCGAUGAACUUGGUGCUGAAUUAGCCUUUUUGGAAAGCAAGCUGAUUCAAUAUGCACGCCAGGCAUAUCAACUACUUGAUGAUGAGGCCUCAGCGCUAGAGUUUCUUAAUGGCCUCGAAUUCGCUUGA